UCCAUAAUUAGAAAAACCUUUUGAAAUUUAGUUCAGAAGUUUCAUCCAAGUGUGUCUGGAGUGCAGAUUCUAGCUACAAAUUAAACAUGAGUGGAGGUUACUAUUCUUCUUCUAAUUCCCAGCAUGAUCAUCAUCAUCACCCUACCUUCCCUCUGCACUUAUGUUUCUUCCUUCUUGUAUUGCUCACGUUUGUUGGGUUUUCAUGGUACAUAAACUACGAGUCUCUGCUGGAGGGCAUUUUUGAUCAGGUGAAACUGGUGCUCAUGGUGUCUCCCUUGCUGUUGUUACUAGUGGUGCACUGGCUUUCCAACAAUGACCGGAGGCGGGUGCCCUCUCUCAUACCCUUACCUGAAAAAGACUCCCUUCAUAGGGCUGGAGGAACUCCAUGGGGAGUUGGAUUUCUGCUUGUUUUCCUGUUUUUUAUGAUUUCUUACCAGUCUUACUUUCAAGAACGUUGGUUUCCUCUUCUAAGCAGAUAGCACCACUUCUACGUAAUAUACUUUACUGUUGUUAUUAUAUGUGUAAAUCAGGUUUCUGCAGCAGCAGGAGAGUUCUGGAACUUCUGAAAUGGCAUCUUCUUUUCCCGUAUUGUAGUGAAGUUGAAUUAUAUA